CAGAAGUCGGGCCGGAGGAACCCAGGUUUUCGCCAUUGCUAGAGUCUGUGCUCACGAUAAUCAAGAUCAAGAAAGAUGAGCUUCAUAUAUGGACUGCAGUCUGCUACUAGAAACUGUUUUCUUUCCCAGUUUAAUUUACUGACCAACUGGAGAAAAUGGAAUUCACCAGCAGUAACUUUAGUGGGCUGUUGUCAAGUACAAAAUCUCCAAAUGAUAAAGAAGUGUCAGGGUCUUAAAUCAUUCAGUCAGUGUGAGCUGUCAACUUUUCUCCCUGGAAACUUUCAUUUCUGUAGGACUUUCAGUAACAAAAGAAUAGGAUACAUCUCAAGUGCCAAAAGUAAGGAAAUUUGGAUGGUUACUCACAAAGGUACUGCAUGGAAUGACUCUUUUCCAAGAUGGGAGCUUAAAAGAUGGGUGCUUACCAAAAAAGUUGCAGUUGAUCCUGCUCUUGGAGCCUUGUGUCCGCUGAGCUGUUCCUCUGUCAGGGUUGGCAGGAGCUUCCACACUUCUUCACGGGUUCAAACUGCUCCAGUUCCUCUCUUCUUGAUCAUUCUGAAACCAGUGCAGAAGCUACUUGCAAUUAUUGUGGGCAGGGGCAUAAGGAAAUGGUGGCAGGCACUUCCUCCUAACAAGAAGGAACUAUUUAAAGAGAGUGUCAGGAGGAAUAAAUGGAAGUUAUUCCUUGGUUUCACUGGCUUUGGACUGCUAUUUGUAGUGUUUUAUUUUACUCACCUGGAAGUGAGCCCAAUCACAGGAAGAAGCAAGCUAUUAUUAUUGGGGAAAGAGCAUUUCAAACUUCUGUCAGAACUGGAAUAUGAAGCAUGGAUGGAAGAAUUUAAGAAUGAUAUGCUAACUGAGAAAGACCCUCGAUAUCUGACUGUUAAAGAAGUGGUAUAUCAUCUAAUUGAAUGUAAUAAAGAUAUCCCAGGAAUCUCUGAGCUCAAUUGGGUUAUUCAUGUUGUUGAUUCUCCAGAUAUAAAUGCCUUUGUGCUUCCAAAUGGACAAGUUUUUAUUUUCACGGGGCUCUUAAAUAGUGUAACUGAUACGCAUCAACUUUCCUUCCUUCUGGGUCAUGAAAUAGCACAUGCAGUACUUGGGCAUGCUGCGGAAAAGGCUAGCUUGGUUCAUUUACUGGAUUUCCUUGGUAUGAUUUUUCUCACAAUGAUUUGGGCCAUUUGUCCACGAGAUAGUUUGGCAAUUUUGGGCCAGUGGAUACAGUCUAAACUGCAGGAGUAUAUGUUUGAUAGACCGUACAGUAGAGCACUGGAAGCUGAAGCUGAUCAAAUUGGACUACAGUUUGCUGCAAAGGCUUGUGUGGAUGUAAGAGCCAGUUCAGUGUUUUGGCAGCAGAUGGAGUUUGCAGAUAGCCUCCAAGGUCAUCCCAAGUUACCGGAAUGGUUAUCUACACAUCCUUCUCAUGAAAACCGAGCUGAACAAUUGGAUAGGCUCAUACCACAGGCUCUCAAAAUUCGAGAGAUCUGUAAUUGCCCACCGCUUUCUGGACCAGACCCUCGAUUGCUAUUCAAACUCAGCAUGAAGCAUUUUCUUGAAGAAUCAGAAAAAGAGGACCUAAAUAUCACUGUUAAGAAACAGAAAAUGGAUACUCUUCCAAUCCAAAAACAGGAGCAAAUACCAUUAACAUACAUAGUUGAGAAAAGAACUGACAGUUGAAUUAAAAUUUAUGAGACUAAGGACAUGUGAAGAAUACAGCAAUCCUUAUAAUUUUUGUGCUAUUUUUUAAGAAAUGAUGUUCAAAAUGAAAAAAAAAAAGAAUAUCCAGGGUCAAAUCAUGUAUAUUACAGAUAUUAUCUAAAUUCUUCUAUGAGGUAUUUAUUUUUCAUAAAAUAAUGAUGUAUUUUAAAAUAUCUUUAAUGAGAAAAAUGUCACAGAAUAAAUUUAUAUUAUACAUCUU